AUGGGGACACUUUUAGAGAAAAAGAUUAUAUCUUAUAUCUUAUUUCAUCAGAGAAAAAUGUAUAUCUGUGAUGACACAUAUUGCUGUUUUAUAUCCCAGCGGUUAAGCAAAAAAGCCCCACUCCAACAAACCAGACAUCACAAUUUCCAUGUAGGAUCCUGGCAUCACAUCUACAUCCACUUGUCUUCACAGAACCAUUUUACUCCAUUCAUGACUAUAAUGAAGCACAUCCAGAGCUGGGUGACUUUACAUCCUUCAAACCCAGAACCUGGAGGCUCUGGAGAUACAGAACUGAUACAUCAGGAGCAGGCAAUGAGUGAAAACAGCUGCAUUGCUAUCUACGGGAUGCCUGAUGAUGAGGUGAAGUACUGCAACCUUGUCUUUGACCCUGUAUCAGAGCUGUUAACAACGGGAUCGUCCGUAGAGAGGGACUUCGUCCAACAUUCCUGUCAGCUCAGCACUGUUUCUCUACAGAGCAGAAGACUUCAGAUGAAUCGUCUCACCAUACUCAUUAUUACCACCAUUAUUCUGGUCUUUGUGUUGAUUUUUAGCCUCACGAUUGGGAUUCUGAUGAACAAAUAUAAAGUUGAAGAUCUGAAAGCGGUUGUUCUAUUGUCCAAUCACAGUGCAGCUACUGCCUCGGAAACCAAUGUGAUCAAGGAAUUUACAGAAACACCUUCUGCAUGUGGUGGAUUUUUGAGGAGCUCUGAAGGAUCACUGAGUUCCCCCAAUUACCCGUUCUUCUACCCCCCAAACUGUCGCUGCUCUUGGAUGCUGGAGGCAGGUGAGGGGCGUCUUGUCCAGCUGAAGGUCACAGUCUUAGAUGUGGGACGUUAUGGCUUCUGCCUCUUCAACUGGUUGGAGGUUCGAGAUGAAAACAGGUCGCAAAGAUUCUGCGGUCCUGUGCCGCCCACCACUUUCAUUUCCAGCUCCAGUUGGUUGCAGGUUCAGUUUGUCUCUGAUGAUCACACUGGUGGUACAGGCUUCCAUGCUACAUACCGGAUGGUUGAAGUCACUCAGGGGAGCUGUUCCUGGGAUGAGUUCUUGUGUGACGGAAGACGCUGCCUCUUACUUCCUUCCCUGUGUGAUGGCAUUUCCGAUUGUGCUGACCAUAAAGAUGAAGAGAACUGCAGCCAGUGGCACUGGGAUUGCGGGGGCUCGCUCAGCAGUCUGCAGGGAUCCCUCUUCUCCCCCAAUCAUCCAGAUCUCUAUCCUGGGAAAACAGUAUGUCGAUGGCUUAUCUCUGUCCCUGAAGGACUAAUCAUUCAAAUUCAGUUCCACAAUUUCAGCCUAGAAUCAGAAAAGGGAUGCACGUAUGACUAUGUGGAGGUCCAUGACAGUGCUGGAUUGGGAAUUGCCAGCUUAUUGGGACGGUUCUGUGGGUCUGAUGUCCCACCUACCCUCACUUCCUCUGGGGCACAGAUGACCAUUUUGUUUGCAGCAGAUGAAGAAAUAGCAGACGUAGGAUUUUAUGCUACGUAUAAAGCUUUUAAUGCCACAGAAAAUGAAUGUGGUUCCAUGGACUUGAGGUGUGACAAUGGAAAGUGUGUACCAUUGCAAUGGGCCUGUGAUGGGUGGCUGGACUGUCCUGAUGGAAAGGAUGAGCAGGGCUGUCUGGACAUACCAGAUCCUGAACCAGAGAACCCCUGCCAGCCACUAAAGGUUCCUCUGUGCCAGGGCCUGUCUUACUCUCUCACUGUGUUCCCAAAUCUCUGGGUUUCUCUUCUCGAGCAGCCAGCGAUCAGCGAGCAAAUGAAAGGUUAUCAGAUACUUCAAGAACUGCCAUGUUUCCCUGCCUUGCGCCCAUUAUUGUGUGCCUUGCUGCUUCCCAGUUGUUCACCUGAUGGGGGCGCUCUGCAACCGUGUCGCUCCGUCUGCCUGAACGCGAUGAAUCUAUGUCUGACACAGUUAGAGCAACUUGGUCUGUCAUGGCCAUUUAACUGUGACCACCUACCACCCCAGGGUCAGCAGUCAGAGUGUGUGAUUCCCUAGAAACCCUCUGAUAUAUUCAGAUCACUGAAAUCUCAGUAUAAUGCGUAUAAUGGUGAUAAAUCUGUAUCGUAUCUACUGAUAACUAAUCCGGAAAACUGUUUCUGAAACGUCAGGUGUAGCCAUGGUCAGCAGCACUAGAUUCGUGAGAACUUUGUUUUACUCCUUACUCCUGACAUACACUGUAAUUCUAUUUUCCACAACCUUUCACAUUUUACAUGAAAAUAUGAGUCAUUUGGCAAACGCUGGACCAAAUGCCUGAUGAAAAAAGCCUUUGUUGCCCAUAGCAACCAAUGACAGUGCAGCUUUCAUUUUCCAAGAGCA